AUGCCCAUCGUGAACCAUGUCGUUCUCGCCUCGGGCGCCGUCGUCGCCGUCUCCGUCGUCCUCGCCGCCGCCGCCGUGUACGAGAAUCCCGAGCUGCGGCGCUACGCCGAUGACAUCCGCCGCCGCAUCGCCAUAGCCCUCCACUGCAUCGGCGACGGCAUCGAUCCGCCGUACCGCGAACCGCGCUUCAACCGACCGGAAGACGCCGAUGGCUUCAUGCAAUCCCGUCGCGGCCAAGGGGCCAUGCCCGGCGUCGACGCCGACGACGAGACGCGACGGAGGCAGCGCGAAGAGCUGCUCUAUUGGAAUCAACGCAUGCUCGAGAGGCGGGAAGCCUCCGACGGUGCGCGGCAGCCGUCGGCCGACCCGCCACGGCCGUUGCCCGCUCACCGGGGGUCGUCGUUUGAUGAUUUCCUGCACCGCGACGCGGGCGCCGAGCAAGGUGCCUACGUUUUCAACUCGGGCGCCGACGUGGGUACCAUCCCGACGGGCCUGCGAAACCGCGCCGACGGUGCCCGCUGGUUUCCCAGGCAAGAGUACGUCAAUCCGUUCGCCGACGAGUACGGGAUCGACAACGACGGAGCGGCCGAACGGCGGCCCACGGUCAUGCCCUUGGCGGUGCCGGCGGCGGACGAGAGGCAGGAGGAAAUGUCGGACAUUUAUAGCGCCACGACGCGCGACGCCGACGACCUCGGCAGCGUGACGCUGGAACCCUCCCCGAGGGCCGUGGCCGUGGCCGUGGCCGUGGCCGAAGCGGCCGGCUCGCGAGCAUCCGGCACGCUCGAGCGCGAGCUCGCCGACGACGAGUACGUGACGGCCGGCCAGGACUACCAGAACGAAGCCUACGCCUCGAUCCAGGCUUGGGCGCAAAACUCGAGCCACAACUUUUACUCGCCGCUGCCGGAGACGCCGGCGGCGCCCGUGUCGGAGCCGGAGCUGCUCGACGAGGGACAGAUGACGCCGACGGAUUCCAUCUCGCUCGUCGGGUCCGGCGAGGACUUGGCCGGCGACGCCGAGUCGGCGCGCGCCGCCGAGACGGGACGACCGUACGACGUGCUGAGCGUGAGCGAGGGCAUGCUCACGCCCGCGAGCUGGUCCGAGGUCGGCAGCGUCAUCAGCGAGAACGAGAGCUACGGCCCCGCGCGCCUAUAG